AAUAUUUUUAUAUCGCCUCACAGAACCAUUAGAACUUAGCAAAUUGAAAAAAAGAAACAAAUAAUUUUUAGCAACAAUCUAUGUGACAUACCCAAAAUUCAACAAGACGGGUUGCUUAAAAGUGUAAUAAACACGGAAUUGUAACAGUUAGCAACAGCUAGUAGUGUUAGCAGAUGUGAACCGCAGCGCAAAAAAGGCGCAACAAAUACACGCACAAUUCGCUUGCAACUCCAAUUAGCCCACCAACAACAACAAUAACAGUCCAAGGAUGAAUGCACUUCGGCAGUUCUACAUGGAAAUUCCAAUAGUAACGCGAGCAUACACCACUGUGUGUGUCCUCACAACAUUAGCGGUGCACUUGGACUUAGUGUCGCCGCUGCAACUGUAUUUUAAUCCCACAUUAAUAGUGCGCAAAUUUCAAAUUUGGCGCCUAGCUACCACAUUCCUAUACUUUGGCACAAUUGGCAUUAGUUUCUUCUUCAACAUGGUGUUCACAUACCGUUAUUGCCGCAUGCUCGAAGACGGAUCAUUUCGAGGUCGCAGCUCCGACUUUGUGAUGAUGUUUAUCUUUGGUGGAGUCCUGAUGACCUUCUUUGGCAUCUUUGUCAACCUGCUGUUCCUUGGCCAAGCGUUCACUUUAAUGCUCGUCUACGUCUGGUCACGACGCAAUCCCUCGGUACCCAUGAACUUUUUCGGAGUGCUCAACUUCCAGGCCCCCUAUUUACCUUGGGUCCUGCUCUGCUGUUCCAUGAUCUUGGGAAAUACCGUAUGGGUUGAUAUCAUUGGGAUGGGCGUCGGGCAUGUUUACUAUGUGCUUGAAGACGUUUAUCCGCAACUCUCCAACGGCUAUCGUCUAAUCAAGACGCCAUAUUUUCUUAAAAGACUUUUCAAUGAGCACAUCGAACGCAAUUAUCAAGCAGCUGCCGAGGAUCGUCCUGGUGGGUUUUUGUGGGGCGGCGAAGGACAACCAUUGAUACAGGAAGACGGCGAGGAACAGCAGCAACAGCCAGAGAAUGAAGCUCAACCAGCUGCAGUUCCUGCGCAAUAACCAUUCUGAUCCAGAUCCGAUAUAUUGUCUAUAAGAGAAACUGUGUUUACUAUGCGCUUUAAAAACAAACAACAACAAAAAACCACAAAAACAAAACUGUUAAGACCCCUCCGCCACCUAUCACUUGGUGCUUGGUAAGAUUAGAUACAUAGUGAAUGAAAAACCAAAACAAAAGAAGAGAAAUAGAAAAAAAAGAAUUAUAAGAGCUCUGCCAUAUUACAAAGCGAUGUGGCGUGCAAUAAUAGUUAGCCAAAGUUAAUUGAAGUAUGUAUUGUAUGUAUUUAUUAAUGCUUGAUUUCUGUGGCGAGCGGCAAAAGAGAUUGCGACUCAAUUGUACUUUACAAUUGGCCUUAAGUUUUCCUUUCAUGGUAGAUUUUCAGCACGUGUGAUUAUAUAUUUAUAUGUAUACAAACAUGAAAAAAAAUAAAAGAUUGUGAAUAUG